ACUAUGUGAAUACUGAGACCAGGGAGUGGAAGGGAAUACAGUGUAACAUAGAGUGGUUAUAGUGUGGCGGGGAACAGCUAGGGUGAAGCAUGUUACAACAGGACCGUGUUCACUGCUGAAGAGGUAUGCAACAUACUGCAGUGAUCUAGAGAACUGCAACUACAACAAGGAGAACCUCUUGGGCAGGUUAAUAACUCGCCUCUUACAGAGAAAGAAACAGACGAAGCAAGAGAAAAAUCGGUCGGUGUGUGUGUGCAAGCCCGGCACACACAGGAAUUUGCUUUUGCAGAAUCUUUACCAGCCUCUGAAAGGGAAUCUUCAAAACACCAAACAUGAGCGAGACGAGUAUCUGUCAGGCCCGGGCCACGGUCAUGCUCUACGAUGACGCCAACAAGAAAUGGGUCCCGUCAGGUAACGGGCCGCAAGUCUUCAGCCGGGUCCACAUCUACCACAACCCGAGCAAUAACACCUUCCGCGUGGUGGGCCGCAAAAUCCAACAGGACCAGCAGGUUGUGAUAAACUGCCCCAUUGUCAAGGGCCUGAAGUAUAACCAGGCCACUGCUAGCUUCCAUCAAUGGAGGGACAUGCGCCAGGUCUGGGGCCUGAACUUCGGGAGCAAGGAGGACGCCAUGCUAUUCGCCAAUGGGAUGCAUCACGCCCUGGAGGUGCUCGAAGGCACGGCGAGUGUGGGAACUGCUGGCCCACGGCCGGUGAACAAUGGACCAAGUGCGGAGGAGUUGGAACAGCAGAGGAGGCAGCAGUUGGAGCAGCAGAGGUUGGAACAGCAGCGACUGGAGCAGCAGAGGUUGGAGCAGCAGCGACUGGAGCAGGAACGCGAACAGCAGGAGAGGCGCAGCGCAGCGCCUGGGCCUCCACCCCCACCCGGGGGGCCCCCUGCCCCGCCUGGACCCCCACCACCCCCGGGGCCGCCGCCGCCUCCCGGCCCCCCGCCUCCGCAGUCGGGGAGUGGGCCUCCCCCCGCUCCACCACUACCGCCCCCUUCUGGCCAGUUGGGGGGUGGUUCCGGAGGGGGUCUCGCUGAGGCCCUACAGGCAGCCAAGCUGAAGAAGGUGGCGCGGACUGAGGACAACGCCCGCGCGAGUGGGAGCUCCAGCCCCCGGAGUGACAGCAGCAAGAACAGUGGUGGGGGAGGGGGAGGAGGUGGAGGAGGAGGGCUGAUGGAGGAGAUGAGCGCCAUGUUGGCACGAAGACGGAAAGUGUCCGAGAAGCCUCCGGUGAAGAAAGACGAUGAGCCAAGCGAAGACACCAACACAGUGACCAAAGCGACAACCGUGCACAGCAGCGAAUCAGUGAAGAGACCUUGGGAAAAGCCCAGUUCGUCAGUCUCCAGAGGUAACUCCAUGCUGAAGACGACAGACUCCUCAAGCAGUUCACACGCUGGCACUCAGCAUAGGGUCAAAUCCACUCCCACGAGCAACGAUACAACGUCAGAUGAUACCGACGCAGACCGGAUGAGACAGGAGCUGCUGGAGGACGUGAAGAAAGAGCUGCAGAAAGUCAAGGAUGAAAUCAUCGCAGCUGUUCGGCAAGAGAUACAGCGCCUGAGCUCCACAUAGUUUUCCAGUUCGGAGGAUGGCUCGGAUUUUUUGGGGGGGG